AAUACGUAGGUAAUGUUUAAUGUUCAUGGUAUUAUGGAUUACGACGUAUAGCAACGUUAUCUCCAUUCACAAUAAUAUUGUUUAAUUGUUUUAUAAUUUUUUAAUUAUUAUUAUCGUCACGCGAAGUGACAUAUAAAUAAAAUAAUAAUAAUAAUAAUAAUAUACACUCGUCUGACGUUCAGAUUUGCCGGCAAUCGGCAUUUCGCCAUUUUUAAAUUUCCGUUCGUGAAGACCGAACAGUGUUCGUCUUUGUAAUGUCCGAACGGUUCAUCUGGUAACGACCGAACAACUUCUGGUAGUUAAGUCUAGAACUGGAACGAGUUUGUCUGCGUUCACAUAAGUCAUGUCACGAGAAUACUACAAUCUGCGAUUCGUCGUAACCACGCCGACGCUGUCCAUCACCGAGUACAACUGCCUGAAAGAACCGUGCAACCAGAUUGGAUUCCUAAUUGGAGAUAAAAAAAUUAAAGUAUCAAAUGUUAUAACCGAUGAAUCAUUGAACAACACCAUCACAGAAGAAACAAUAUGUAUCCAUGCUUCAUAUCCGCUACCAGAUUUCUAUGAACAACUUUGUUCAAACCCAUUACAAAUAGAUUACAAAAAAUUGAAAUAUUUUUUACAAAAAUGUCCAGCAAAUUAUGAGUCUAUUGUUGGUUGGUACAGAUUUCGUAGAAAUGCUGUAUUAUCUCCUAGUAUUGCUGAUAUUCGUUUUCAUGCACAACUCAGUAAUAUUUUUGAUAAAAUUAGUGUAUCUACAAACAAAUUUCUCUUUUGUAUGUUCAACCAUAACUAUAUUGGUUCCAUGGAUCAUAAGUUCAAUCAUAUUUUUUACAGAUGUGACACUGGGAAGUGCUUAAACCCAGUUAAAGUUGAUAUUGUGAAUUUAAGUACAAAACCUUUCAUUGAAGAUGAUAAUCUUGGAUAUAAAACAAAUGUUAAUUUGAUUGAUAACUGCAAAGCAUAUACAGAUACUAUAAAUAAAGUAUUUGGAAAUGGGAAAGAACAGUGUUCAAAAGUGUCUGUAUACAACAUGAGAACUGCUUUAAUCGAGGAGAUGAAUAAAAUGGUCAAACGAAUAGUAGAGAAUGAACAAGAAGCUAUUAAACUAAGUGCAUCCAUAGAAGAGAAAAAAAAAGAGAUAGAAAAGAAAAAAUAUGCGAAAUCAUAAAUUCCAAAAAAUUAAUGGGUUUAUUAAAAAAAAAUGAAUGUAUUUGUAUUUUUUUAUUUCUAUAUACUUCAUUUGGU